AUGUGCCCCCGGGGCGCGGCCGCGGCCGCCUGCCUCGAGCGGCGCUCGCAGUGGCCAAUAGGCCCCUUCCCCACUAACUCCAGCCUCCACCAAUGCGGUGUGGUCAACGAAGCUAUCUCCUUGUCUAUGGCGAUGCUACUACUGACCAAGAAAUGUAUCCGGGCAGCUAAAGUGUGUGCGUUGGUGGUGUGUGCUCUGGUCAUGGCGACGAUGCUGGUGACGACGGUGGAGUGGCUCCCAGCACCAGAGUUGGACCAAGAAGAUGGGAGCUAUGAUGACGAGGACCGCCGCCUGGUGGGCACCAGCAGACUAGCACGCUCCAUCCACCGCCUCACAUGGAGCGCCCCGCUCGCUGCGGAGUACGAGAGACAGGUGUUGGCGGACGAGGCGCGGAUCGUGCCCGGCCUGGGCGAGGGCGGCGCCGCGGCCUCGCUGGCGGGAGCCCGCGAGCUCGGCGAGCAGUCCCUCAAGAGGCUCGCCAUGAACGUCUACCUUAGCGACAGGAUCGCUUACAACCGAUCCGUUGGAGACCACCGCGACCCCGCGUGCGCGCACGAGCUGUACGACGCGACGCUGCCGUCGGCGUCAGUGGUCGUCGUGUUCCACAACGAGCCGUACUCCGUGGUCCUGCGCACCAUCUGGUCCGUGGUCAACAGCGCCCGGCGGGACCGGCCCUGGUUCAGGCGCGCCAGGUUCACAGACAGCCAGGGACGCACUAUGACUGUAGGUUACCCAGGCCAGGAUCCCAGCUCGCAGCUGGUGUACCUGAAGGAGAUCAUCCUGGUGGACGACAACUCCACGCUGCCGGAGCUGAAGGGCAAGCUCAGCCACUACGUGCGCACGCGCCUGCCGCCCGACCUCAUACGGAUACUACGGCUGCCCGAACGCGUGGGUCUGACGCGCGCUCGGCUGGCGGGCGCGCGGGCCGCGGGCGGCUCGGUGCUGGUGUUCCUGGACGCGCACUGCGAGGCGCAGCCCGACUGGCUGCGGCCGCUGCUGCAGCGCAUACGGGACGACCCGCACGCCGUCGUCAUGCCCAUCAUCGACACCAUCAGCAAGGCUGACUUCAAGUACGCGGUGAAGCGAGAUGGACACUACAGUUACCAGAUAGGAGGAUUCUCGUUCAAUGGCUUCUUUAAGUGGAUCGAUGUGCCGGAACGGGAGAAACAGCGACGCAAGCGCAGCCAUGCACCUACCUGGUCCCCGACGAUGGCGGGCGGGCUGUUCGCCAUGAGCCGCGAGUACUACUUCCAGCUGGGCGGCUACGACGACAUGAUGCACGGCUGGGGCGGAGAGAACCUCGAGAUCUCGUUCAGGAUCUGGCAGUGUGGCGGCACCCUGGAGGUGGUCCCGUGCUCCCGUGUCGGCCACGUGUUUCGCUCCUUCCACCCGUACGGGCUGCCGGCCAGCUCUGACACCUUCGGCAUCAACACGGCUCGCAUGGCGGAGGUGUGGAUGGACGACUACAAGGAGCUGUUCUACCUGCACCGCCCCGACCUCAGGAACAGUCGGAAGGUGGGCGACGUGUCGUCCCGCCAGCGGCUGCGCGCGCAGCUGCAGUGUAACAGCUUCGAGUGGUACCUGCGACACGUGUACCCGGAGAAGUUCAUACCAGUGAGGGACGCCUUCGGAUACGGCAGGUUCCGCAACGCGGCCUCUGGGCUGUGCCUGGACACGCUGCGGAGCGACUCCGCCCCCGGCCCCCUAGGGCUCUACCCCUGUCGGGCGGACAAGAAGCUGUUUGCGGGCACGCAGGAGUUCACCCUGAGCAGGUCCGGCGAGCUGCGGGACGAGGCCCGCUGCGCCGUCUACGCGGACAUGGGCAGCGGCGGGCCGGUGUCCGGCACGAAGGCGCCGCCCAACGAGGACGCGGGCGUCAUCAUGGCGGCGUGGGCGGGCGGCGGCCGCCACCUCGUGCUCGACACAUGCCACAAGUACCCCGACGCCCAGGUCUGUAGCUCUUUACAGCUCAAUCGCAAGAUGAACUAA